AGAAUGAAUUUCAGGAUUUAUCACUAAAUCAGACAAAGUCAUUUAUUUAGUCCCCCUGACACAGCAGGGCAAACUGAGUUGGCAUACAAGUUACCUGGAGAAAAAGAGAGCAAUUCCAGGACUUCCUCUUCAGCCUAAAAGAAGGUACCAGAUCUGUGCACUGGGGCGAUGUGGAAGAGACCUGCUUAUUGCCCCUGAUGUAAGCUCCAGUAAGAAAAGACGUCAAGUACAAGUACUAGGAAAUCACUGUAUACAUCUGUUUAUAGAUGGAUGCAGAGGCUGAAGAUAAAACACUGCGUACUCGCUCUAAAGGAACCGAGGUGCCAAUGGAUUCGCUAAUCCAGGAGCUCAGUGUUGCCUAUGAUUGCUCCACGGCAAAGAAGAGAAGAGCUGAAGAUCAGGCUUUGGGGGUUCCAGUCAACAAAAGGAAAUCCCUGCUAAUGAAGCCCCGACACUACAGCCCAAACGCAGACUGCCAAGAAGACCGCAGUGACAGGACAGAGGACGAUGGCCCCUUGGAAACACAUGAUCACUCUACCGCAGAGGAAAUCAUGAUAAAACCUAUGGAUGAAAGUCUUCUUUCAACUGCACAAGAAAACUCCAGUAGGAAGGAAGACAGAUACUCUUGUUAUCAAGAGCUCGUGGUCAAGUCUUUAAUGCACUUGGGGAAAUUUGAAAAAAAUGUAUCUGUUCAGACUAUAAGUGAAAACUUAAAUGACAGUGGCAUCCAGUCUUUAAAAGCAGAGAGUGAUGAAGCAGACGAGUGCUUUCUGAUUCAUUCUGAUGAUGGAAGAGACAAGAUUGAUGAUUCUCAUCCACCCUUCUGCUCCUCUGAUGACAAUGAAAGUAACUCUGAAAGUGCAGAAAAUGGCUGGGACAGUGGCUCCAACUUCUCAGAGGAAACCAAACCACCUAGAGUCCCAAAGUAUGUUUUAACAGAUCAUAAAAAAGACCUAUUGGAAGUUCCUGAAAUAAAAACUGAAGGUGACAAAUUUAUCCCUUGUGAGAACAGGUGUGAUUCUGAAACAGAAAGGAAAGACCCACAGAAUGCUCUCGCAGAACUCCCAGAUGGCAAUGCCCAGCCCUCAUUCCCUGACGUUGAGGAGGAAGAUAGUGAGAGCCUGGCAGUAAUGACGGAAGAGUGUAGUGACCUGGAAAAGGCCAAGGGGAACUUAAGUUUGCUGGAGCAGGCAAUUGCUCUGCAGGCUGAGCGAGGUUGUGUUUUCCAUAACACCUACAAAGAGCUGGAUAGGUUCCUGCUGGAGCACCUAGCAGGGGAAAGGAGGCAAACCAAAGUUAUCGACAUGGGUGGAAGACAAAUCUUUAACAAUAAACAUUAUCCUCCAAUCAAGCUGUGUUAGUUUUGGAGUAUUUUCACACAUGAAAAAAGAUUCACCAAGGCCUGAAAAGAGGGAGACCAAGUGCCCGAUCCCUGGGUGUGAUGGCACGGGACAUGUGACGGGGCUCUAUCCCCACCACCGCAGCCUUUCGGGGUGCCCCCACAAAGUACGGGUUCCCCUGGAAAUUCUUGCCAUGCAUGAAAAUGUGCUCAAGUGUCCCACGCCAGGAUGCACAGGAAGGGGUCAUGUGAACAGCAACCGCAACACCCACAGGAGUCUUUCUGGUUGUCCAAUUGCUGCAGCUGAAAAAUUGGCAAUGUCCCAGGAUAAAAAUCAGCUUGAUUCUCCCCAAACUGGGCAGUGUCCUGACCAGGCCCACAGGACAAGCUUGGUGAAGCAAAUUGAAUUCAAUUUCCCGUCACAAGCCAUCACCUCUCCCAGAGCCACAAUGUCAAAAGAACAAGAGAAGUUUGGAAAAGUACCAUUUGAUUAUGCCAGUUUUGAUGCCCAAGUUUUUGGUAAACGCCCUCUCAUACAAACAGUGCAAGGACAAAAAACACCACCAUUUCCUGAAUCAAAGCAUUUUUCAAAUCCAGUGAAAUUUCCUAAUCGACUGCCUAGUGCAGGCGCCCACACCCAGAGCCCUGGCCGUGCCAGCUCUUAUAGCUACGGUCAAUGUAGUGAAGACACCCACAUAGCAGCAGCUGCUGCCAUCCUGAACCUUUCCACCCGCUGCAGGGAAGCCACAGACAUCCUCUCCAACAAGCCACAGAGUCUGCAUGCCAAGGGAGCCGAAAUAGAAGUGGAUGAAAAUGGCACAUUGGACUUAAGCAUGAAAAAAAAUCGAAUCCUGGACAAGUCUGCACCCCUAACUUCCUCUAACACUUCUAUUCCAACUCCUUCCUCUUCCCCAUUCAAAACAAGCAGCAUUCUGGUCAACGCAGCAUUCUAUCAGGCUCUUUGUGACCGAGAGGGCUGGGACACUCCUAUCAACUAUAGCAAAACUCACGGGAAGACAGAGGAGGAGAAAGAGAAAGACCCAGUGAGCUGUCUAGAAAAUUUAGAGGAAAAAAAGUUUCCUGGAGAGGCCUCUAUACCAAGCCCUAAACCCAAGCUUCAUGCAAGAGAUCUCAAAAAGGAGCUAAUCACCUGUCCAACACCAGGAUGUGAUGGAAGUGGCCACGUGACAGGAAACUAUGCAUCUCAUCGCAGUGUUUCUGGAUGUCCUUUAGCAGAUAAGACUCUAAAAUCCCUCAUGGCUGCCAACUCUCAGGAGCUUAAGUGUCCAACCCCAGGCUGCGAUGGCUCGGGGCAUGUGACUGGAAACUAUGCUUCCCACAGAAGCUUGUCCGGAUGCCCUCGUGCAAGGAAAGGUGGUGUCAAAAUGACCCCUACCAAGGAAGAAAAAGAAGACCCUGAACUGAAAUGUCCUGUGAUAGGGUGUGAUGGCCAAGGUCACAUAUCAGGUAAAUACACAUCACACCGCACAGCUUCUGGCUGUCCUCUGGCUGCCAAGAGACAGAAGGAAAAUCCUCUUAACGGAGCCUCCCUCUCCUGGAAACUGAACAAGCAAGAGCUACCGCAUUGUCCCUUGCCAGGCUGCAAUGGGCUGGGCCAUGUAAAUAAUGUUUUUGUCACCCACCGAAGCUUAUCUGGAUGUCCUCUCAAUGCACAAGCUAUCAAAAAGGGCAAGGUUUCUGAAGAACUCAUGACCAUCAAGCUCAAAGCAACUGGGGGAAUAGAGAGUGAUGAAGAAAUUAGGCAUUUGGAUGAAGAAAUAAAGGAACUGAAUGAAUCCAACCUUAAAAUUGAAGCAGAUAUGAUGAAACUUCAGACCCAGAUCACGUCUAUGGAGAGCAACUUAAAGACGAUAGAGGAGGAGAACAAACUCAUAGAACAGAACAAUGAAAGUCUGCUGAAAGAGCUGGCAGGUCUGAGCCAAGCUCUCAUUUCAAGCCUUGCCGACAUCCAGCUUCCACAGAUGGGACCUAUCAGUGAGCAGAAUUUUGAAGCAUAUGUAAAUACACUCACAGACAUGUACAGCAAUCUGGAACGGGACUAUUCCCCGGAAUGCAAAGCUCUACUGGAAAGUAUCAAACAGGCAGUGAAGGGUAUCCAUGUGUAGGAUCACAGCGCUGCCGGGCAACAGAAAUUACCAACAGCAGUAAACUCCAGAUGGAUCUGUUAGAGGUUCGUGUACUGCUAAGGCGUGGAGGUUGCCGUACUGCAUUUACAAUUUGCAACAUUGCACUAAUUUUGUUUUCCCCAGCUGAUAUAAAAAGGAAAGAAAAACUAUGAUAGACUUCUUGGAUUAAAAGCAAUGCAGUCAAUUAUUAGAUCUUAUUUAUUUUCAUAUGUUUUUCUUUUAUUUCUUCAUUGUACUCUUUUUUUGUAAAGUAUAUGUAAAAUAAAUGUGACAUUUUUAUAAUUUAUUUAUUACUAAUCAAAGAGUUUUUUAUCUUUUAACUGCAUUUUGAAGUCUGCCAUAUUUUUACAAGCGUGUUUAUUAAUUUAUUUUCCAAUAGGAUUUAAAUAGAAAUGCUAUUCUCAAGUCAUCUUUCUUGCUGGGUUUUAAUGAGGAAACAGGAAAGGGUGAAGGAAAGCCUUGUCUAAGGACUGCACUAUAGUUGUGUUUGAUUUUUAUUGCACACUUCUUCCCCCACCUUUCACUGGUUUUUGUAUUUAUAAAUGAGUUUGCGGUAAGGUGAGCUGCACGGAAGGAAUAAGAAGACAAAUGGCGCCCACUAGUGGGGAAUCCGCACUCACAAAAGCACAGGAUGCUGGAAAACAGCCUGCUCAGAAUUUGUUAGCAAUAAUUAAAUAUAGCAAUCAGCAAAGUAUUCGACUUGGCUGGACGGUUUUCGUUAAUAUGAAUUAUUUAUUUGAAAUGUUUUAAAGAAACAUAAGCUUUUUUAGUGAUGCAGAUUUGUCUGUUUGUUUUUCAAGUCAUAUCAGAUCGUUGGCAACUCGUAUCCCAAGAUGAAAAAUAAGACUUGGUGUGACCAGCCAGGCUUUCCUGCCAUAUGUUGGUACAAUAUACAAGUGACAAUAUUGGUGUAGAUUUGUACUUAGCAAAUACAAACACAUCCAAAUGAAAAAUUUUGUAGAUACCAUAUCCCCUGAAAUAGCGUUUAUCUUACUGGGUUGACUGGAAAGGAAUGGAAAAUAUAGUAAUACAUGAAAAAAUGCUACUCCAAUCUGAAUGAUUACUUCAAACACUGGCAACUUGGGUCUCACCCUCCACAGGAAACAAGACAACAUUCAAUUUGAUAGAAAUCUUGCCAUAGAACUUCAAGUGCUACAAAACGUACACACACACUCACACACACAGGCAUACUUACACACAGACACACACACACACACACAGACUCAUCCACACUUCAAAUUGAGCCCACAAUCUUGAAUUUCUGAAUGGAUCAGAGUUUCAUAGUUGCUAUAGUAAAGGCAAUGUCUAUUUCAGGGACUGUAAAGUAGUUAAGCAUUGUUUCAAAAGUUUUUUUAUAUUUAUUUUUUUUAAGGAAAAGGUAUAGACAACCAGCUAAACUGCCUUUUUGGUGUGCACACACAUUUCAUGUGCAGACGUGCCUCUGUGUAAAUGUACACAUGAACUUAGUGUGGGCUUAAUUUUCUGUGCUAUAAACAAAAGUGUUUAUUUUUUAUUAACCUCAUGGAUAUUUAGAUGGAAAGUGAUGGCAUUCACAGGCUUGAUAUAUUCCACUGUUAUUACUGUUACCUGCACAAAUGAAAAACAAUACUCAACAAUAAUUCCACUCCCAUGAAACUUUGGUCAUUGUUAUGCAUUCAGUGGGGCUUAUCUUUGGUUUGGAGUUCAUUUGAACUCUUGAAUCUUAGUUUAGUGAAGAUGAACUGUCUGUUCUUAGGUAGAAACGGUGUUUAUUUAAAAAUCAAUUUUAAAAAAUGAGCUACCAUAUGUGCUGUCUAUUAUAAAUGGGACACCAAACAAAAUUUUCUAUUACAGUUAUGUACUUGCAAACAUUUUGCUAUACAGUACUUCAUAGAUGCAUACAAAUGAGCUCACUUAUUACAAAGACAAAUGUUUAAUUUGCUAAAUAUUUUAACAAGUUUGUUAUAUAUUUUAUUUAAUUUAAAAGAAAUCUCUUACCAACCUACAUAUUUAUUACUAUAAUUUACUAUGACUUCAGGUUAAUUUAUUUGUGUUUGCAUAGUUUGAGCAGGAUGUUUUGUGAAGUAUGUUUGUAUUUAUUUGCCUACUUUGUACUUGAUGUGUUUUGUAAUGUGCACUGAAUUUGUUUUCUUUUCAACUAUGUUAAUGAUCAAUACUGUAAAUUGGGUCUUUUGUAAACAACAAAAAGGCAAUGAUGUAUGCAUUUUUUUUUAAUUUGAGGUAGUUUGUUUGUAUACUGUUUCUCCAAACACUUAAUAUUUCUUACAUCAAAGCAACGAAAUUGUGUUCAGUGCUGUACAUUUGGUGUAUGGUAGGAAAUAAAAAUUGAUAAUGAGUUUUGA